AUGGCCGUCUUCACCGCUCUAGGCGCUCUGGGCAGCGACUCCCUUUCCCUCUCUCACACCCUCCUCCUCCUCACCUACGCCUCCCUCGCCUACCUCGCCCUCUCCUGGUUCAUCACCUCCAUCUACAACCUCUAUUUCCACCCGCUCCGCCACUUCCCCGGUCCCAAACUCUGGCUCCUAUUUCCCAUCACGCGCCAGAUCGACUCGGUCCUGGGCCGCCGGGAGCACAAAACCCUCGCCUACCAUGAGACCUACGGCCCCGUGGUGCGCGCCUCGCCCGACAUGCUGACCUUCACGUCCGCGGACGCCUGGCGCGACAUAUACGGCCCUCGCGGCGCGGCAGAGCUGCCGAAGUUCUUUGGCAGGGCGGGGCCGAGCACCAGUAUCAUUGACGCGCGAGAUCCGCAGACGCAUGGCCGCUUUCGCAGGGCGAUGCUGCCGGCUUUCAGUGAUAAGGCGCUGGCGGAGCAGGACAUGUUGAUCGGGACAUAUGUGGACUUGUUGACGGACCGGUUGCGCGAGGUGGCGGCGCAGGGCGAGGCGACGGAUAUGGUGAGAUGGUUCAACUUUACCACUUUUGACCUCAUUGGAGACCUGGCGUUCGGAGAGACGCUGGGUGGGUUAGAGAACGAAGCUUCCAACGCGUGGCUUGACCGUAUCCAGACGUCGAUCAAGCUGCUUCCCAUCAUCAUGCUGAUGACCCAGUACGUGCCAGGCCUAGGGCUUGUCCUGGGCCGCCUGUUCCGGCGCGCGCAACAGAGCCAUGUGCAGAUGGUGAAAGCGAUGGUGGCUCGGCGCAUCGAGAAGGCCGAGUACGGACACCGCGGCGACUUCAUGGAUCAGAUCAUGAGGAACCAAGGCAAGGAAUCUGGACUGACGCACGCGGAGCUGGCGGGGAAUGCGGAUAUCAUGAUGAUCGCCGGCAGCGAGACGACCUCGACGCUGUUGAGCGGCGUCACCUAUAUGCUGUUGACACACCCUGAGAAGAUGGAACGCUGCAAGGCCGAGGUCCGCGGUGCGUUUGAGCGCAAGGAGGACUUCAGCUUCGCGGCCGUGUCAUCGAAACUGCCUUAUACGCUGGCAUGCCUGAACGAGACCAUGAGGAUCUACCCCUCCGUCCCAAUCGUCAUGUUUCGGCAGACACAACCGGGCCACACGACGCCAAUCGCAGGAGAGAUGGUCCCUCCGGGCACCAAAGUCGGCGUCCCCCAACUCGCCGCCUUCCACUCGACCCUCAACUGGCACCGCCCCACCGACUUCCUCCCCGAACGCUGGCUCCCCGCCGCCACCACCGACCCAACCUCCGACUUCUUCCACGACCAGCGCGACGUCCACAAGCCCUUCAGCUACGGCCCGCGCGACUGCAUCGGCCGGAACCUGGCGUACCACGAGAUGCGGCUCAUCUUCGCGAGACUGCUGUGGGAGUUUGAUCUGGCGCUGCGGGAAGAGUCCAGGGCGUGGAGCGAGCAGAAGAUCAGGGUGUUUUGGGAUAAGAAGCCGUUGAUGGUGGAUGUGAGGAGGAGAGCGUUUUGA